AUGGAGUUAAACAAUAAUAUCAGUAAGCCGACAAAACGCUGUGAAAAUAAUUGGAAAGUGAGAUUUAAAUAUUCUAACAUAGCAGUUGUCAUCGGCAUUCCUGUUGCAGCAGCCAUCGUGUGCUACAUCAAUUCUUUGGAGGGUGACUUUGUUCAUGAUGAUAUGUUUGCUAUAAAAUCGAAUCGGGAUGCUAGAGGUGAAUCUUCCUUUUCUGAGAUAUUUUAUAAUGACUUCUGGGGAAAACCUAUGAGUGAUAAAACCAGCCACAAAUCCUACAGACCUAUAACAGUAUUAACAUUCAGGUGGAAUUACUACGCCAGUGAUGGUGAUCCUUACAUCUUCCAUAUGACAAACAUUUUUCUCCAUUCCAUUAUGACGGGACUUCUUGUCUAUACGUGUUUGGAUAUUUUUCUUCUCCACCCUCGAGUUUGUCUAAUGGCGGGGAUCCUGUUCGCAGUUCAUCCCAUACAUACUGAGGCAGUAUCAGGAAUUGUUGGAAGAGCAGAUAUCUUGGCUGGGGUUUUCUUUUUGAUAUCAUUGAUUUUAUAUAUCAAGAGUCUAGACAUAAGAUGGCAGAAGAGUAGUGUCCUGGUCCCAAAAGUACACAGUAAAAGUUUCCUGUGUGGAAGUCUGGUGUCUGCAGGAGUGGCUAUGCUGUGUAAAGAACAAGGCAUUACAGUCUUGGGGAUGGUUGCUCUCUAUGAUAUUCUAGUCUGCUCCAGGCCAGGACUGAUGAGGAUUUUAGAAGAAAGGAAGUUAUAUGAUGGAUGUGUACCGCUUGUAAAAAGGAUGGGAAUUUUAUGUUCAGUGGGAAUAUGUCUCCUUAUGUUCCGUGUAUGGAUAAUGGAUGGACAGAUGCCAUUAUUCCAGCACCAGGACAAUCCAGCCUCAUUUUCACCACAACUCUUAACAAGGUGUCUGACAUAUUCUUACCUGUGGAUGUACAAUGGUCUUCUCCUCCUGUUUCCCUCCACACUUUGCUAUGAUUGGCAAGUUGGUAGCAUCCCAUUGGUUGAGAGCAUCUUUGACACCCGUAACCUUGCAACCAUCUUAUUCUUUGUUAUGGUUGCUACACUGAUCUGGCACUGGUGGAAGAAUUUUGAUUCUUUGUCUACCGGUGGAGGAGAUGUCCUCUUGACCAGCCUUCUGCUACUGGUGCUGCCCUUCUUGCCUGCCUCUAACCUACUGUUCAGGGUCGGAUUCGUACUGGCUGAAAGGGUCCUGUAUAUUCCCAGUUCUGGCUAUUGUAUCCUGAUAUCACAGGGUGUUCACCAGCUGCUAGAGAGAUUUCCAACCAGGAGAUUCCACCUACUUACCAGCUCUGUUCUUGUACUUCUCAUACUCAUGGCAAAAACCUGGAACCAGAACUACACCUGGAUCUCGAGGGAGUCUCUCUUCAGAUCAGGGGUGAAGGUUUUGCCACACAAUGCCAAAGUUCAUUAUAAUUUUGCUAAUUACCUCAAAGACAAAGGGUCGCUGGCUGCUGCAACAUAUCACUAUAAGAUUGCAGUUGAGUUGUACCCAGACAACCCUAGUGCCCACAACAAUCUAGGGACACUGCUGGCCAACAAAACACAAGCUGAGUACCACUACAGACAAGCACUAGCUCUGGCUGAGGAUCACAAAGGGGCUUAUGUCAACCUAGGCACACUGUUAUUCAACAGAGGGGAACGAGAGCUUGGUAUAAGCCUUCUGCAAAGAGCUCUUGAGCUUGAUUCUAGAUAUGAGGAAGCUUCUGUAGCACUAGCUGGAAUGAUGAUGGAAACCCAGAACUGGAUGGAGGCUGACAGACUGUUCCAAUCAGCAUUGACCAAUAACCCAGUGUCUGCUCAAGCCUACCAUAACUAUGGCACUUUUCUGUAUCGUAGAGGAGAGGAGACAAGGGCCUUAGAGUUUUAUCAACGAGCCGUGGAUGUGGACCCAACCCACACAGUAUCAAUUAUUGAUGCUGCCCGAUGUCUGAAGAACCAGGGCAAACUUGUCCAGGCAGAGACCCAUCUCAUAGAGGCCCUCAAACUGAAGAAAGAGGAUUCUACUGUGGACAUGCUAGGGGUGAUUUACUUUGAGAUGGGACGUAGCAGAGAGGCAAUACAUCUGUACGAGGGCAUUUUGAAGGACAGUCCAAACAAUACUGAUAUCCUCUUUCAUUAUUCACAGGUGCUAGCGAAGAAUUUGGAGUUUGGGAAAUCUGAGGCUGCUCUAAACCAAGCUAUACGCCUGUCUCCCAACAGUAUAGAGAUUCUUACACAGAUGUCAAAGAUCCUUGGACAGCAGGCGAGGCACAAGGAAGCGUUACCCUAUCUAGACCAUGCAGUCACCGUAGCCCAGAGGACCAAUGAUAGACAAGCCCUGGUAGACCUCUUCAAGCAACAUGGUGAUCACAACAAAGACCUACAGCAAUACUCUGCUGCUAUUAAGAGUUUCAGUGAAGCCUUGAGACUAGGAGGAGACACUCCAGGAGUCCACCUCAACUUAGGAGCCUUAUAUCACAUACUGGGAAACCAUACAGAAGCCAAGCAUCACUAUUUACGUGUUCUUUCAAUGGAUCCAAGCCACAAUUUAGCUAAAGAAAAUCUCCUUAAGUUGGAACGCCUCCAAAGCCAGGAAAGAUCACGAUUGUGAGGGGAGAUAAUCCAUGUUCAAAAUUCAGAUUAUGGAAAAAUAAGACUGUGAUGAUAGAAAAAAAAUAAGAUAUUGUAGAAAGUAA